AUAAAAAUGUCUUGCGCGAUCUUUAUUUUUUCGAGAUCUAAAUAUAAUUUUUACACAUAAAAAUAACUAAUGCAGGUAAAAUGCCGCAGUGCGUUGCACGCUUAAAAUUACGCGCGUUAUUUCUUAGUUAGAAACCUGCUUGCUUAAUUCAAUUAUUGGCUGCUUCAUCGAUGUUCAUUUGUAUCUAGGUAGAUUCUUAUAAAGCCGCUUUUGAAUCAAAAUUAGCGGUGCUAAAACUUGGAACAAUAGUCUAUCGGAACAGGAGAAGUGCUCUUUAAAUUAUGGCAGUUCAAAAUAAAGUUUUGUAUGCGUUCCGCGGAUGGAUAGCCUUCGUUGCCUUCAUGGACUUAGGAACCGCCGGAAGAUCGUACAUUGAGAAGAGAUCUUUCCUUAGCAACAACCCUGAAAAUGAUCAUUUCGACGGUACAAUAUCACGGAUGCUGGGAAUGUUUUCAGUGUUAAAGGCUUUAGCGUUGAUACAUUGCACACUAUACAUACAUUACAGGCCUGUGGUGUCUAUGGGCUACUGGUCGCUAGUGCUCACUAUAAUACUAUAUUUCUCAGAGGCGUUCUACUUCCAUUCGACUACCCUCAAUUUUUACGUCGUAUUCCCCUGCGUGUUGAAUAUUCUCACCCUUUUGGGCUUAAUAUAUUUACCGACUAAAAUAAAACUAUGGGGCACGGUACCGGGCACUUCGGGCAUGGAGAGGGAAGUUGACGAUGAAAACGCCCAAAUUCUCCGUCAAAUGGGCAAUUUUAGACGAAGGAAAGCUGGCAACACUAAGAACAAGCACGUUUGAUUGUCGAACUGUCGCGCAAUUUUAGGCAGUGUGAUGUGCACUUGAUAGGUUAAGGGUGACGUUUGUUAUCUGGGUUGCCAGUUAUCAAGGCAUUGUCUGUUUUUGGGAGUUUUUUUUAUGUUGUUUCUAUGUAUAUUUGUUGUUUGGCAUGUUUUAUUAUUUAGUUUUGAAGGAAAUGACAUAGUUUUACGUUCAUUUAGCUUUUUUAAGAACCCUGACAAAAUGUAGAGAUAUUUUGCAUGUAACCUACACUUCCCUACUUACAAAUUGUAUGCUAAAAAAUGCUUGUCUUUUCUUAUUUCUGUCAUUUUUUUGCUCAAUAAAUCUAUUAGAAUUGUUUGCCAUAAACUAAACCAAUUUUUUCAGGUGAACUUUAUUUAGAGAUUUUAGAUAAAAUAUAGUCAACCUUUUAAAAUAGUAUUCAUUUUAUGAGUAACACUACAAAAGAAAAAUAUUUAUAUAAAUUGACUGAUUUAUUCAUUGCCGAAACAGGCUUUAUUUAAAAAUAAUAAU